CCGGUUCACCAUCUAGGUUCACUUUAAUUCACAUUCACUACACAGUGGAGUGGAAAGAUCCAACCCGUCCCGGUAAUCUACAGCCGUCACCCGUCAGUCAGCGGCUAGCGUCACUAAACUGAACAAUAGGUUAUUCCAUCGGUAUACGAAAUCCUGCUGGCUUUCACAAUAUCUCCGUAGCAGGAAUGAACGAAUCUGCAGAAAUGGAAACCGCAAAAUCCGAAGGAUCAGCAGCUUGCAAUAGUGCACCGGAUACCGCUGAACAGCCGAAUACUGUCGUCAACAGCGAAUUGGAAGGCUAUGAACCGGUGCCGGACGAUUUAAGCGAUUUCAUCGUUAUCGAUCAGGUAGGAAUGACGGAUGAUGACGAGUGUUCCGAUGGGUCUGACGGGGGAGAAAAUGAUUCUGCUCCUAAGGAAGCAUGGAAAGAUUUCGAUUCGCAACAGUGGGCCUGUCCCGCACACCAGCUGCAACCAAGCGGAACAAAGUUACCUCCUGCCAGACGUGAUAAUCGCUGUAAAGCUGAUUGGCCGCUGGGUACCUUCUGGCCGGUUUAUGUUGGUAACUUCCGGUUGUUUCAUAAACGUGAUGGUGACCAUAAUUGCUGGGACGCGGUUCAGAAGUACUUCGCAUCCAAGGGUAUUCCUUGCUUUAUGGUAUUUCGGCUAAAGGAUCAGUUCUAUGAGGAGUAUCAAAAAGUUGUUGGCUUGUACGAUAUGCUGGUUUAUUUUUGUUGCUUGAAAAAUGCCAAGCUGGCUGUUCAGUUGUGCAAUAAAGAAUUAUAUUACGGCUACAGGUUGAAAGUUUACAGUGGUCGUGAGCCAAACUUGUUUUCAAACGAGAAGGCUUGGUAUUUCAAGGCAAAGAAAACGGAGCACAAAUUUGAAACUGAAGACAAAAUGGAGCAAUAUCUAAGUGGCUUUAAUACGGUGACUGGAAUAUCUAAGCAGGAUUUGGACGGGGUUUAUGUGCAGUUUCGUGUAAAAAUUCCCCUCCGAGAGGACAUCAUAACCGAUCAAUUCGACGGGUUCCCCGUCACCCAGAGAGUGCAGAAGCAGCGUUAUAUUGAAAAAGACGUAGAGCAGCAUAUACUAGAGGAAAUAGCCAGGAACCCAAAGUUUAUGAUACGCCGACCACGGGCUGUCAUUUUAAAAUCACUUAGCAACGGCAUUGUACCGGAUUUGAAAAACAACUGGAUGUGGCCGGAAUUCUCUGGACAUUCUAAGUUCCAGGCAGCCCAGAAGCUUCACGCUGUUCGUCUGCGGAACCAUAUACGGCAGAUUGAUGCCGUGCAAGCGUUUGAAAGUUUAAAAGGAAGGAAAAAAUACCCAAACCGGAAGAUGAAGAUGAUUGCUGCCAUUACCGACGAAAGGAAGCAGCUUAAGGCAAUUAGAAGGAUGAUGCCGGCAAAGCGCUCACAUGUACCAAAUUUUCUCUACGCUGAUGAUGAUCCACCAUUACCAAACAUGGACCACGUAUUGAUGAAUGGAACUUCCGCUGCUUUGACCGGACAUGGACAAAGGCAAAGGGUACCACCAAAACGCCGGCGUAUGCGUGCUGGUGCUAAUCCUGAUGAUCAACAGUGGUAUCAGGUGAUUGAAGAGUUUGUGAACCAGUCGCUCGGAGCAGAGGCGUCCAGUUUUAUGGCUGGCAGCGUUCGGCCGGAGGGAGUGCCAAACAGGCAAAAUCGACAGAGGGUUCGUUCGCGCCAAAGGAAAUUUUCGAAGCUCGCUGGAGUUCCACAGGGCACGUAUUACGCGCCUGAUUUCAACUAGAGUGACAAGGCUUCGCGCUUGUGAGAUAAGAUUCUAUGAUAAUUUAAAUUUAUCUUCAUUUGGUAAGAUAUUGGAUAAUUAACUAUUUUCGCGGACGUUUUGUAGCACAAUUUUCCGAAAGAAAUGAUUUUUUGCGAACCUCUUACCUAUAGAAAUAAUCGGAAU